GAUGCUCCCGCCGGAGCGGCCGUUGCCGGGCAGCGGCGCGGCCUGAGGGAAGCGCUGAGGUGAAACCAUGCAGCAGAGGAGGCCGCGGGCCCCGGCCCCAGCCCCGGGGGUCAGCAGGCGGCGUAGAGCUCCCGGUGACAUCCCCGCGUCCACCAGCCUGCCGCCGCUGGUAGAGGGCCCUCCGCGCUGCGUCCUCCGCUGCACCGUCGGCAGAAUCGUGUGGACGGCCUCCAAAGCGCCCUCCGCCGCCGUCCUCGUCCGCCUGAGGUGGUGGGGUGAGACUUCGGACGGUACCGUGUUCCACCCCGCCUCAAAGCCGGGACAGGCGGCGGGCAGCAGCCGGUACGCCGUGCGGUGCGGGCCUCGGCAGCUCGCGGCCUACCUCACAGAUAUGGGCAUGCUUGUCCUGGAGGUCCUGAGCAAACCUGACCGUCUUCCAGUUGGCAGAGUGCAGAUCACUGAAUUGUCCCAGCUCUCUCCCAGCCAUCCCAUCAGUGGGUUUUUCACCAUAGUUUCACCAACAGCUGAUAAACUGGGAGAGCUACAGGUUUCACUUGUUCUUGAACCCCUGUCAGACACAUACAAAACCAGCAGCUCUGUCCCAGCCACAGAUGCAAGUUCAGAUAUGGCUCCUGCUCCAUCUCAGCGAGUGCAGGUCACUCCUCCUGGCCAAGAGCCUGUUAACAAAAGCAGGCUCACAGCUCCCAGCUGGGGAAAGGACCAUUCCUUCUUUCAAGAGAACUCUGAGAACAUCAAGGAUGUUUCCCCCCACCGCUUCAUUUUCCCAGAUGAACAUUUGAAAGUGAAUCCUUCGAGUCGGCAGUCGGUGUCAUUUCCCAGCAGUGCUGAUCCUGAAGCUGCCCUCAGCACAAACACACACGUGUUCUCUUUGCACAGCCCGACUACAAAAGACCUGCUUUCAGUUCUUUUGGAUCAAGGCAAUAAACUCCGUGAUGCCAUGGUCGCUUCUGCGAUGAAAUCGAGCCCAGACAUGGAGAUUGAACUGAAUGAAGUGCCUCCUUUUGUACAGCCAGAUGGUUUCAGAGCAGCAGCAAAGAGCCCAAAAGGCUUGAACUCAAGUUUUAUGCCUGCUCUUGAGGACCCCCGUCUCUUUACAUCUGAAGUCACAGGUCAGCAAUCAGACCUCAACUCUGAGGAGAGAGCAAUACAGUUACUGUUGGGCAGUGCUGAUUUGUCUCCUGUGCAUUUCUGGGAUCGGCCAGGUUCCCUUCUGGAUUCUCUUUCUAUUGGGAGUGAGGUGUAUGACAGUGAACUCAAUGAUCCCCACUAUGACCAGAGUCUGCUUGAAAGUCUUUUUUACACCACACCUAAGUCAGAUUCCAGUUUAAGUGAUUUCCUCAGUGAUGAAGAUGUGAACCCUUCCAAAAAAGGAAGCAAAACAAAAACUGUGAAGAAAGCUGAUGCUGUGAAUGCACAGAAGGAUUCCACUGCCUCAGAUCGGGAUCAGAAGGUGACAGAAAUUAAACCCAGCUCCUCUUCUACCAGACAGUUUGCUCCUCCAGAUGUUGACACAGAAGAAGCUCAUGUCACAGCCUUGAGUGUUGACAGGUUGGCUUUGCUGGGGAGAAUACACCUGGCCAGAGUCAUCAUUGAGAGCCUGAGAAUCUCUCUUGAGAGCAUCCAGACUACACCAAGAAAGAAAGGUUUAAUGGGGAAGCCUCCCAGGCCUGCUUCAGUUAAUAAGUGUACCUUCUUUGUGGAGUACAGCUUUCCUGUGGGAGCCUCCAAGAAUGACAAAGGCCAAGUCUCCUUAACGACAGAAUUAACUCGAAUAGCUUCAAGUAAAAUCACAGACGGCGUGGUGAAAUUCCAGCAGCGAUUUGUGUUCCCUGUCCGUUUUGGUGGAACCAUGAUAGAGCACUGGUGGAGCUCUGACCUUGCUUUUAAAAUCUACAUGCGAAAAAGCACACAAAGAAAGCCAGUGGCCAUUGGCUCAGCAGUGCUUCAGCUGUGCAAGGUCAUUCAGUCAGAACUCCUCACUUUCAGCUGUGAAAUACCUGUAGAAAAAGAGGGAGAUCAGAUACAAGUUGGACCCCUGAAGUUAUCAGUAGAGCUUGCAGCUGACAACAAGGACUUCACCUGCACCACUGCCAGGUGCUCGGUGGCUGUGCAGCAGCAAAUCCCACCUCAUGCCAUAAGAAGUCCUCGGAUGGAACUCUGGGAGCCCAACAGGGACCGUGUGAAUGCAGAAAGCUGCUUGAAAUUAAGCAACAGCGUGGACUCAGACAAGACAGGAGCAGCCUGCACAAAUGUGCAGCCACCGUGGUGUGUUGCAACCCCUGUGGCCCGUAAUCUGGUGACACGAUUGCCUGCAGCUGAAGAUGAUGGGUUAUUACUGCAUGUGCUGCUGAUGGUGCCAGAUGGGAAGGAUUUUGUUGCUGAAAACAGCGGACUCCACACUUCUUGUAAUGUGUAUUUGAACUGCAAGCUGCUCAACAUGGAGGAGGCAACAAGAUCUGCAGUCGUUUGGGGUACAACGCAGCCUACCUUUAAUUUUUCUCAGGUGAUGCCUUUUUCCCUGACUUCCAAACACUUGGAGCGACUAAAGAACAACAUCAUGGUUAUUGAAGCAUGGAACAAGGUGGGAAACCCUGGUAGUGACAGACUGCUGGGAUUGGUGAAACUGCCUCUGCAUCAGUUUUACAUCUCAUUCAAAGACCGAAGGGUUUCCCACCUGCUGCUUCAGGCUCAGUAUCCAGUGGUUGCUGUGGACAGCUACAUGCCUGUGAUAGACGUCUUCACUGGCAGUAAAAGUGGAAGCCUGAGGGUCAUUCUGGCCAUGGGCUCAGCUGAUCAGAUCGUGGCACUGCAAAGGCUGAAGAAUGAAGAAGGAAUGGAGCCUCCCAUCACCCGGCGCCCUGCUCACUUCCUGGACCCCCCUCCUACAAAGCUGACAAUGCAGUUGGAGAGAGAAGGGGAAGAACUGAUGGAGCAUGUCUUUGAGAUUCAUGUGGAGAGUGUGAAAGGACUCAUUCCCCUGCAGUCCACAGUGUGGGGAGAGGCUGACUGCUACGUUCAGUACUAUUUCCCAGUGCAAGAGGCUGGCUCUGGUGCAUUGCCAGGAGCAGAACUGCACACGGAUGGCAUCGAGUUGAAGCCUUUUCGGACAGCAACCACUUUAUGUGUUCCUGAUCCUGUCUUUAAUGAUGAGCAUCAUCAUUCUCUGUUGGUUCCAGCUGAUGUCCCAGUUCAGAGGCUUCUGGUCAGUGCAUUUAUGGCACCAGGAGCAAUUGGAGAAGGAAUCCAGUUUGAAGUCUGGUGCAGGUAUUAUUACCCAAAUGUCAGAGACCAGAUGGUUGCCAAAGGGACCUUGCCUUUGUCACGGCUGUGUGCCAUGAUAACAAUGCAGCAUCGUGAAGAAAUAGGAAUACAGACUUUUAAUCUUCCAUUGCUCCCCAGGACUGAUUCCUCAGAAGAAUUUCAUCUGCGGUCUUCAGGCUUGCUUGAUGUGAGUGUGAGAUACCAACGUUCUGUGAAAACGACAGCAGGAAGAACUGCUCAAACUGUUUCUCUUUCUGUACAAAUACACAGGGCAGCUGGUUUGCAAGCAGCAGCCAGAGCUGUGGCAGAAAAGAACCCUUCGGUGCGGUACUAUGCAGGUGUUGGAGUUAAUGCUUACGUUUCUGUGCACCUCUCCUUCCUACCUGAGACAGAGAGGCACAGCACACGAGCUGUGGCUCGCAGCUUCUGCCCAGAGUUUGAGCACCACGUGGAGAUCCCUUGUAACCUCAUCGUUCAGAAAAGCAGCGGAGAAGCCUCUUGUCUGGGGGAGCUCCUGCAGUCUGCCAACAUCACUUUCUCUGUCUACCAUCAGAACGUCAAGUCAGCCACUGACACUUUGGCAGCUCGGACAUCAAGAGAUUGUCUUCUUGGGACAGUUACAAUUCCAACCAGAGAUCUGCUGAGAAGACGAUCAGGUAUUACAGGCUGGUACCCAGUUACCCUCUCUGAAGAUGUCAUGCCUUCACACCACACAAACAUCACACAGACUGUUGUGGGAGGACUGGAACUUUCUGUUACUUUCGCUCAUCACAGUGACAGGGAGCGUGUUUUGGAGGCUGCUCAGCUUUUGGGGUGGAACGGUGAGGAAAGCCUUGAAGACAGCAUGGAUGAGGACGAUGAAUGGGAGCCGAGUGACAGAGAGGUGGUUGUGACCAUUUCAACCCCAAGACUGUGGCUGCCAUUGCACUGCGUGCUGCUUGCAGGCCAGAUGCAACUGAAUAAAAGCACUUGCUGCUACCUCAGGUAUAAGCUGUAUGAUCAGGAAGCCACGUGGACUUUGCUUAAGAGGCCAAAAUUGUCUGAGGACAACAAGAACGUUACAGUGAACUUUAAGAAAGGCCACAGGGUGACUCUCAGGAAGAGCCAAGGGCUGAUUUGGUUCUUCAGGGAGGAGAAAUUAGAAAUCCAGGUGUGGUGGGCAUAUGGCAAAGAAAAUGGUGUGGAAAGACCACUUGAUACAGAUCGUCUCAUUGGAUCUGCAUACGUCGACCUCAGAGCGUUAGCAGAGAGGUCAAGGAGAUCACUGAGUGUUGGUGGAGUGUACCCGUUGUUCAGGUGCAAUGCUGCAGACCUCGCAGGGGCUGCUGUACGUGUUCACGUUGCCUUUUCCUCCACUUCUGCUGCCCCAACCCUCACCCCACGCUGCACAGAGGAGCACAGCAACAGCGAAGAUGAAAGCACAGAGAGAGAGCCUGACCUGAGCCAGCAGGUCUGUGGAAAUCAGGCUCAGAGCCUGGAUGUCAGAAGCUCAGAAAUCACCAAUGGGAAACCACAAGAAGACGACGUGGCGUUUUUGGAAAGCACCGUUGCUGUCAGCAUCCUUGUGGAAAGAGCAAUGCAUCUCAGUUUAAAAGGGAGUCCCCUGACAGAACGGGAAGUGGCCUCCCCCAGUAGCUGUGUGUCAUUUGCUGUGGCUGGUUCAGAUGCUCCAAUAACCACUCCAGUAAUAGAAAACACCGAGUCACCUGUCUGGGACUUCCAGCAACAAGCAAGAUUAUCCAAAGAACUUCUGCUGGAUCCACAGCAAACCUUGGUCUUCAAAGUGUGGCAUAAAGCAGAAGCAGAACGGGUGAUAGGAUUUGCAUCAGUGGACCUUUCUCCUCUUCUUUCUGGCUUCCAGCUGGUGUGUGGCUGGUACAACAUCACCGACUUCAGUGGGCAGUGCAGAGGACAGAUCAAAGUAGCAGUCUCUCCCCUUCAAAAUAUAAAUAAUCUCAGAGAAGAAAGGCAGGCGAGGAUCCGCAGCCAGACUCCAAGCUCUGCAAUGAAGGCCAUCUUUCCAGCACUUCCCAGUAACGUUCCAAGCUUUUCCAAGCCCGUGUUGCCAAAAGAAGUUGGUGUUCCUUCUCUAGAACAGCCUGUUCCUAGCAGAACUAGUCCCCCUAGGGCACACACACCUCGACACGAGGAGCACAUGCAGAACGUGCGCAGGUUCCACGAAUCCUUGCAGCAAGCAGAAGGAAAUGCACAGCGAGCAGCCAGGAUGGAUUCACUGUCAUUGUCGUCGCGUGCUUCUCUUCUGACUGCUCUCAGAAAGAACUUGAGCGAGCUGGAUGAAGUUCAGAGAUAUUUCAGCCAGAAGCUGACCAGGUCUCUUCCUGACUUCAGUGAUGGUAACAGAUCCCAACCAAGUCACAGAGAGCAGGAGAGUGAUCAUCAAGGCUUGAGGAGCAGAGAAAUGGAUUCCAACCAAUGCCAUCUUUUAAGAAAAUCAAGUCAGCUGGUGUCCCAGGUCAGCAGCCUCAUCAGUGGCUUGCAGACUAUCACAAAUACUAAAGGCUCUUCUAACGUGGAUCAAGACAGCAGCAGAAAGCCGGGUGCUUCUCGUGUACUCAACCAGAAGGAUGGAGAUGACAGAACUGAUGUGUGUCAAGGCCAGCUGGGCUUGGACUCACGUUGUGUCAGCAGAGAUACACAGCAGCCGUGCUCCUUUGGGAGAUCUGUGCUUGGCAGACGUGUGCUGCAGGAGCUGCUGGACCAAGCUGUCCCUGAAGGGGAGCAUCCAGCAGACUGCAUCCAGGGAGAUGGAGAUGCUUUUGCCCAUCAGCCACACAGUGAAGAAGAGUACGAAGAGGAAGACAUUAUAGAACCACGAACUCUUAAUGAAAUAACAACGCUGACUGACAGAACCAGUCCCUGGUCCAGUGUGCUCUCAGUAGAGCUGGGAGCUGACCCUGCAGACUUGCAGCCUGAAGCUCAGCACUCGGUGGAAACAGACUGUGUGAGGAAAGGGAGCAGCCGACGGAGCAGCACGUUGUCCAGCACACCACGAGGUGACAACAGAAGCCUGCUCACCUCUCUUAGCUCAUGCAUUAGCCCUCACACAUUGCAGAACAGUCCUUGGACAGGAGCAGAAGGCUUGAGUAACAGCACAGAAGCAGCUGACAAGGAGCUGAUUCAGCCUGCUUGUUUGUCAGAAUUGCAUCAGACAGUCGGUGGCCUGGUAGAAAAUGGAAAUUACAGCUGGGACAGAACACUUAACACUAAGCAAGUAGAGCAGCACACAGAGUUUCACAGGGCUUCCAAGGAACUACUGGAAUUUCCAGGAAGCAUUAGUCUGACUGCUCCAAAAGCUGCAGCGAGAGAGGAGGAAAGAAGUGAAGUUUUAAAUGAAGAUCAUCAAGAUGAGGAAAAAAAUGGUUCUGAUGAGGUCUGUGCCAAGAGUGUUUCUGGCUUGGAAGGGCACAGGAGUAGCUUGUCUGAGGGCAGCCAUGAGGAUCCACUGGAAGAGUCAGGAAAGUCUGAGAAACCAAAAAUGGUUUUAUCUGAAGCUGCUGUUGUUCCCAACUUCUUCCUCCCUCCCCAGCAGAUGGAAGCCUCCAUGAGAUUGCUCAGCAGUUCUUCCCACCCUCCCACACCUGGCAGUGCUGAGGUUGUGGCAGUUUCCAAACCACGCCACCGCAGGGCUGUUGAUGUGGAUCUCAGUCCUGCGCCAGCUGGGCUACUUAUUUACCUCUUGCAGGAAAGAUAUUCAUUUCCCUCACUGUGACCUAUGGAACAAAUGCUGUGAGGAACAUUUGUAUAAUCACAAACAGCUUGCUUGAUGAAACAGAACAAAAUUAGGCAGGAUCUAAUGGCUCUGAAGUCAUGGAAGUGGCUUGCAGCUAAUAAAUAUCAUUACAGCCCAGGUAAAAUGCACAAAUUUUUGCAGUUUUGCGUUGUUAAGUCUUAGGUAAAUCAGAUGAAUAUUUUUUAAUAUCUUUUUCUAAAGCCCUUGGCUUGUUCCUGAUGGAAAUAAGGAGCUCUACCAGAGCCAUCACAGUCAGAGCAUGCUUCCAGCAUCCCUGGAUUUGACCUGACUGAUACCCAGCCUGCGGUGUGUUUCAGUGCUCCUUGAGCACUUCUCAUGCUACAUCCAAAUAUCUCAGAUGAAAUCCAAAGCAGAAUCUCAGAGGUGUUUCUCCUUUGGAGUUCUCUGUGUUCCUUUCUGUCCAUACCCACUUGUGCUGUAUCUCACUGCCAUGCCUGUCUUCCAAGUUUGGCUUUCUCUGAAGAGUUUCUGCUUCUUCCUGGGAGCACUUUACCCCUCAGUGCGCUUCCAAACCAUUUCUCAGGCCCGUGGUUCAGUGUUAAUUCUAUUUCUACUUGAAUUCCUCUGUGCAGUGCUAAGCUGAUGAGCUAGAAACACACCCCAGAAAGGAAUUAAAGAUUGGGGAGAGUAUUAUCAAAGCCCUAUUUGGAUGUAGCUGAGAUUAAACCUCUUGAAUUCUGUAGUUAGCCGCAGCCAAUGCUUUGCAGUAGCACUUGGAAGCAUCUGUUAGAGAGCACCCAGCCCCGUGUUACGCAGCCACCAUGAGAACAGGAUGUUUUCUGCUCGUGUCAGUGGCACACCGCAGUGCAGGAGAACUGCUCUCUCAUAUCUGUGUUCAGAGCACAUCAAGAACACAAAGAACAUCACCUUCUAAAUCGGGGUUCGUUCGGUUUCUGCACGGCUCAGCAAACACCGCGCGUGGCAGCGGGGCCGAAAUGUGAGCUGCUCCCAUCUGCAGGUCAGCAGCGCCCUGCCGCUCACAUGGCACUUGGCAAAGCUCCCUGCUGGCCUCGGCGUGAUCCUGACACCUCCUGCUGCCUGGCUCCCUGCUUUCCCUCUUUCUUACACAAAAUGAAGCAGCGGUGCUGAGGAGGCAAAGCGGGCCGGCGUGCCAAAAGAGACGGCAGUGUUUGGAGACAGGAAAGGGUGAGAGGAAACUCGUGGACCUGAGUUCUGCUGAGCCUCACAAAACGUGAAUGCUUCUAGACUAUUUUUUUCCACAUCUCAACCCCUGGUUUCUGAGGUCUUUCCUCAUGGUGGCCUUCAGUGCUUGAAGGGAGCGGAUAAACAGGAGGGGGAACGGCUGUGUGUGAGGGUGGGUGGUGACAGGACAAGGGGAAUGGCUUGAAAGUGAGCCAGGGGAGGUUUGGGUUGGAUGUGAGGAGGAAGUUUUGGAGGCAGAGGGUGGUGAGGCAGUGGCACAGGUUGCCCAAGGAGGCUGUGGAUGCCCCAUCCAUCCCUGCAGGCAUUGGAGGCCAGGCUGGAUGUGGCUCUGGGCAGCCUGGGCUGCUGGUUGGCGACCUGCACACAGCAGGGCUUGGAGCUGGAUGAG